UCGAGUAACUGGGUAACAAUCAAACAAUCCCCGCUGAACUGUCACAAGUUCACCAGCUUUCGAUUGUAACUCCGCUGCGGGCGCGGUGGCGAUCGACCGCGCACACUCGCGAUCCCGGCGGUGUUUCGCCGCUUCCUCCCGCGUCUAGUCUCCGAGAGCGGUCCCGCGUACAAGGUUGCCCGCGACUUCACGCAAUGACCGAAUCCGAGCGAAUAAUCGAGUUGGUGCGCCAGCACCCAAUCCUGUACAACACGCACCACCAAGAGUACAAAAAUCUGAAAACCAAGGACAAACUCUGGAACGAGCUCGCCGAAUCCACGGGCGCAUAUGAAAAUGGCGAGGAGUUGAAGAAGAAGUGGAAGAAUUUGAGGGAUUCCUACAGCAAACACUUGCGAUGGGAGAACUCCGAACACAAAUCGAAAACUCUCGACAAGUAUAAAACGUGGCCUUGGGUGAAACAGAUGGAGUUCCUUCGGCCGUUUUUCCCCUACGUCGAACCAAAAGAAGGCAAGGUUUCCCAAGACAGUGUGGAAGAGACGGAUGUCGAGGAACAGAAACCACGACGUGAAAAAACUUCAACACCUGUGCCUCCACCCAAGAAGAAAAAACUCGAAACGCCUGAUCUCAAUAAUUCCGACAAUUUUCCGAUUUUUGAUGUUUCGGGGUUCGACGAUAUCGACCUGAUUUGUCUGGGCUUUGCCAAGACGAUCAAGAAAUUUUCCCCGAAAAGACGGACUUUGGUCAAGUUCAGGUUCUCGCAAAUUUUGAUGCAGGAGGAGCUGGCACAGCAGGAGGAAAAUGAACAGUCCAGAGAGGAGGAUCCUCUAGUUAUGUCGACACCAAAAAUCGAAAAGGAGUACUAGUUUGUAGUUAUAGUUGUAUUUUUUUAUUAAACAAUUACCGAGUGAA